AUGGAAAUGGGAAAAUGGACGAGUGCCUGCCACCUGGAGGCUGGGAUGAGCAAAGCAAAAUUUGGCAAUACGAAAGACGAACCUUCAUUAAUCUGGGCCCAGAGUCCAGACAUACCAGAUGAACCUAGUGACUGGCCACAAGUCUUGCGUGCAUUUAUCACUCACUGGAACUCAAGGCAAGAUCCUCCUCCUGAAAACCACGCAUCCAGUGAACCUUCCGCUGGUGGAAGUUCGGGCAGACGCCGUGGCAAAAUUCGUCGGUUUCUAGGAAAGGUUAAGAAUGCAACUAAAAAGAUUUCUCACUCGAAGGAUUCUCGCGGCCGUGACCCUGUUUUUCUCAACGUUGAUUGUGAAGGUGCCUCACCGAUUUCGGAUAUCAAGGUUCAGGAUACUCCCUCUGGUGCCGAACAAGGUGCCGAUCCCCAAUUGGCACUUCAGAACGCCAAAGAGGUUGUCAAAGACAUGAAUCUACUUUCGGGAGCUGUGGGAUCUGGAGCAUCCGCAGCCCAAAAUGCAUCAGCGGAUCUCGAGGAUGCAUAUAAUUUCCAGGACACAUAUCUUCAACCCCUCAGGAUAUUCGACAGUGUUAUUGGAAAGCUCGCGGAUGUACAUCCAUAUGCAAAGAUUGCACUGGGCGUGCUAUCUUGUGCAUCAAAA